CAAGCUUCUCUCCUCACAGCUCCUCACUUCACAAACAAACCUUCAACCAACAAGCUCACGCUUCAAACAACCAACUACUCAAAAAUGAAGGCCUCCGCUGUUCUCUCCCUCGUUGCCCUUGCUGGCCUCACCAUCGCCGCUCCUGCUGUUGGCAACGACAAUGUCCAUGGUAGCGGGGACAUCCACAGGCGUGGUGGUGGCUGGGGAGAGAAGCCCAAAGCCGUUGCCGUCGAGGCAGUCGAAGUCCCCGUCGCUGUUAAGGAGCCCCAGGAGCACUGGCACAAGCCCGCUCCUCAGCCCAAGCCCCAGCCUGUCCCUGUCAAGUCCAACGAGUACUCCAAGGAGGCUGGCAAGAAGUGGGGCAAGGAGGGCGGUUCCGCUGGUGAGGAAGACUACAAGAGCGUCCAGGACAACGAGUCCGCAUCCUUCAGCAAGAGCUUCGGCGAGACUACCGAUCACAAGACGGGCAAGAACUGGGGCAAGGAGGGUGGUGAGGAGAAGGAGAAGGAGCAGGGCAAGUCUCAGCAGUAAGCAUUGACUGCUCGAGUCGAAUCCAGGUUCCGCGCUGUACAUACAGUUGCUGGUGGCUUCGGGGCGCACCGGGUCAUAAUCUUGUGUGAUUAAUUUGCUGUUGUUGCUGUGUUGUUGUUUUGCGGCUUCCUUGAACCUGUUGAUAGUUUCAAUGUCUCUCCUUGUGAAUAG